CCAGGCGGAGGAAAAGCCCGGAGCUCAGAGAGCGCAGAGCCUGGCCACUGGGCAGCCGCCUGACCCAGGAAGCGCAGCGCGAGCUCCCACUUCGUCUUCAUGGAUUCCCAGCCCAGCUGCGUGGUGGUGACUGGAGCUCUCCAAGCUGGGCCUGGGGAAUGACACAGUGGUGCAGCUGCGGACUCUGGAGCUGCCUGUAGAUUACAGAGAGGCUAAGCGGAGGGUCACCAGAAUCUGGGAAGAUCAUCAGCCACAACUCGUCGUGCAUGUGGGCAUGGACACCUCCGCCAAGGCGAUCAUUCUGGAACAGUCCGGCAAGAACCAAGGCUACCGGGACGCCGACAUCCGGGGCUUCCGGCCGGAGGGCGGCGUGUGCCUACCUGGCGGCCCAGACAUGCUGGAGUCAGGGGUCUGCAUGAAGGCAGUCUGCAAGCACGUAGCUGUGGAGGAUGUCGAGGUGAUAUUUUCUCGAGAUGCAGGCAGAUACGUCUGUGAUUAUACCUAUUACCUCUCUCUGCAUCAUGGAAAGGGCUGUGCGGCACUCAUUCAUGUCCCUCCACUAUCGCGUGGGCUCCCGGCCAGCCUGCUGGGAAGAGCCUUGCAAGUCAUCAUCCAGGAAAUGCUGGAAGAGGUGGGAAAGCCCGAGUGCAAAGCCCGGUUCAAAGAAAACUCAACCAUGGUGCUACCAGCCAAAGGGAACUGACCCGGGCAUUGCUCCUUUAGAGAAGAUUAAACGUUUCAAUCCUGUGUGUAGCAUUCAGCUGUGCAUUGAGAAACUUUUUCAAAAAUUGCUUGUAAAACAAAGAGGGGGAAAAACUUUUUGUGAUUUUGUUAGCCCAACAAAAUCACAAAGGGCUAUUUUAUUGUCGGGAGAAAGAACACUCUGAAAGGUGGACAUUUCACGGGAUGAACUAGCUUCAGUUAUGGUUUUCAUGACAAUAAAAUGAAAUCCGAGUCA